CCAAUCAGAGCUCUCGGUGACAACUGCUUCGAUGAGGACAUUUAAAGUAGUUAAAUCAUGAGCUGCAUUUAGCUAGAAAAACGAUUCAGAAAUAAAUGCGAAACACUCCGGUACACCCGAGGCUAACUACACACAAAGAGGACACUUGUUUGUGCGUCAACGCUCGGGGCCCCCGGUGGUCUUUUACUUCCGAGAUGAAGGCGUUGUCUCUGCAGCAGGAUAAUGUGGCCCAAGGAGAGCAGCAGCAGCAGCAGCAGCAGCAGGUCACGUGUGGGAGAAGUUUGUCUGCCAGCUAUGCUCCUCUGUGUCUGGAAAACAAGUUCUUGGCUCAGACCUCCACGUUGAUGCCUCAGCUCUGCUCUCCACGCUUAACCCUUUCAGUCCAACCUUCCUCUUGCCCCUUGCUCCAGCCCUCCAGCCUGUCUUCCACCACCUCCUCUCUCCUCUCCCCGUCUUUCCUCACCUCUCCUCACCUCAGCACAGAGAACAAGCUCCUAACCGACUACUCACCUGGUCUCUCUUUUUCCCUCGCCUCCUCGACAUCCAUCCCCAAGGAGUCGCUGCUCUACACGACCCUGGCCAGCGGUGCUCUCCUCAGUCGCUUUGCUCACCCGCCUUCAUUCCUCCAACAUGCUCUGGGGGGAGAACAAAAGGUGGAUGGUGGAGGCGAUGGAGGCAGUGAUGAAACAUCUGAAGGGAUGCUGUCCAGUUCUGAAGACUCAAGCGUGGAGUAUUCAGAGGAAGAUUAUAUUUUGCCUGAAGUGGAAGAGGAAGAUGCUGGGGUAGCCAUGGAAAUUCCUGCCCUGGAAACAGAGUUGGGCAACAAGGAACUAGAACAAACUCUGGCCAUCAAACAAGAGGAAUUUGCCGAGUUUGAUGGAGCGAAGGAAAAUAUUGCAGAGGAGCUGAAAGACAAAAAGUAUCUCCUGCUGAACAUGGUGUGUUGCUCCCUGGUCAAUAAGAGCAUAGCUCCAGGCCAGAAGGACUGGGACUCGGAGACAAGUAUUUGGAAAAAGAUCAUAACCUUGGCGAAGGACAUUUCUGUCUCUGAUCCACAGUUUCUUCUCAAGGUGGCCGUUUACACUCGACAGGAGCUGAACAUCCGCAUCACUGCAAACUUUUUAUUGGCCCUGGCUGCCAAUCAGCCCUCCACCAAGAUACACGUCCGCAGAUACUUCUGCGCUGCCGUCCAGCUGCCCUCCGAUUGGCUGGAAGUAGUCCGAAUCUACAGCACCUGCUUCAGCCACUCGCUGCCCUCGUGCUUGAAGAAGGCAAUGGCUGACAAGUUCAAGCAGUUCAAUGAGUAUCAGCUGGCCAAAUACAACACGCGCAAACACCGCUGUAAACACAACCGCAAAAGCCGCGAGUCCCAGAAACCGACUGACCAGCAGCUGAAACAGUGGGCGAACUUGCUCCGAUCAGAUAAAUCUAUUCUGAAAAAGUUUCUGCAAGAGGACAGCAAAAAGGUGGUGGAUAAAAAGCAGAGCGAGUUCAGUUUGAAGAAGUUGAUCAAGAAGCUUCACAUUAAAGAACCGGCUGAACAAGUGAUGGCCAUUCUGGGGAAAAAGUACCCUGCUGACCCAAAGACGUUCACCCGCAGUGGAAUAAAGGGCACGUGGGACAGGGAGCGAGCCGGCCAGCGAAUGAAGCUCAAAGAGCCGGAGACGUGGGAACGGCUGCUCAGCAUGGAGGGCAACAAUGCCGCCACCUGGGAGAAGCUCAUAGACAACAAGUCUCUUCCUUUCAUGGCCAUGCUGAGGAACCUGAGGAACAUGAUCACGAAGGGCAUCAGCGAGGCUCAUCACAAGAAGAUCCUGAGCCGGCUGACCAACAAGAAAGCGGUUAUUCAGAGCCGUCAGUUUCCCACCAGAUUCCUCGCUGCCUACAAAGUCAUCCUGGAGCUCAACUCUUUGGCCUCAGCAUCUGUGCAAGCACUCCCAAUCUUGAAGGACAUCCUGAGUAAGAUUCCCAAGAGCAAACGCUUCAAGAGUCUGGACUGGGAGACGGCGCCGAGGAGCCGCCUUAGGGUGACGCUCGGCGUGCCGUUUAUCUAUCGACAAUACCGAGCCAAGAAGACCCAGGUCCUCAAAGCCAAUAAGAGAGAGUUCACCGUCGCUCUGUUGGACCGUUACCGCGAAGCUCUGGAGACGGCGGUCCAGAUCUCCUGCCGCUACAAUGUGCCGCCGCUCCCCGGACGCACCGUCAUCUUGCUCUCCUCCAGCAUGAGCGAUGAUGACGACUCGGGUCCUAAGCUGGACUUCUGCCUCCCACCAGACCCCGAGAGAAAGGAGGAGGAGGAGGAAAUGAAGGAGGAGGCGGAGGAAGAGGAGGAGGCUGAGGAGGAAGAGGAGGAGGUGGAGGAGGUGGAGGAGGAGGAGGUGGAGGAGGAGGAGGAAAUGGAGGAGGAAGAGGAGAAGGAGGAGGAGGUUAAGGAGGAGGCUGAGGAGGAGGAAGAGGAGGAGGUGGAGGAGGAGGAGGAGCCGUGCCGGAAGAAAAAGAAGAAGAAGAAAAACAAAGAGCUCACUGCUUCUAUUCAGGAGUCGGCGGUUUUGCUCUCGCUGAUGCUCGCCAGCAGCGCCGAGGACAGUGAGAUCUGCAUACACGAGUGGAGCCACUGUCAUAAAGUGGAGCUGAAGUCCGAUGUUCUCUUGGAUAAUGUCAGAAGUGUGAUUAAGCAAAUGAAGGCAUGUUCAGAUCUGCCAUAUGACGAGAGGAACCACGACGCCAUGUCCAGAAUGCUGAGCAACAAAAACAAGGUGGACAACAUCAUCGUGGUGACUGACCAUUAUGUCGUCGACACAAUCGACUGGGCCGUCAACACGCACAGGAGGGAAAUAAACAACAACGCCCUCGUGGUGCAAAUCUUCUUGGCAAAGCGAGAGUCAGAGUUCAUCGCUGACAGGAACUGUGUGAAUCUGUCUGGCUUCAGUGACCAAAUGCUGAGGUUUGUGGCAGAACGAGGAUCCUCCAGGCUGCUGGACCACGUGGAGCAUUUAGACAAAGUGUACAAGGUCCCUCCACCACCAGAGGGCGCUAUAGGCCCUCUGACCACAAACAGUGUUGUCCCAAUACCAGCCAGCCCCAAGUUACGGUGGCGAGGCGUACGUGUCUUCAUCUCCUCCACCUUCAGAGACAUGCACUCCGAGCGCGACGUCUUGGUGCGCGUCGUGUUCCCGGAGCUCCGGCGUCGCGCCGCCUCGCACUGCCUCCACCUGCAGGAGGUGGAGCUGCGUUGGGGCGUGACGGAGGAGGAGUCGACCCGGGCAACCGAGCUGUGCCUGUCGGAGGUAUGUCGCAGCCAGAUGAUGGUGGGGAUCCUGGGGGAGAGGUACGGCCUGGUGCCCCCUACACCUGUCCUCCCGGACCUGCCGCAGCACAGCUGGCUGGCGUCGGCCCCGGCGGGCCUGUCCAUCACAGAGAUGGAGAUCCGUCAGUUCCAGGCUCUGUACCCCGACACGGUACAGCAGCGAAUGUUCUGCUACUUCCGAGAUCCAAACAUCACCAAAUCAGUUCCGGUGGCUUGGAAAUCUGACUUUGUCCCCGAAUCAAAGGAGGCUGAGUCUAAAAUGGCGACUCUGAAGAGAAGGAUCAAGGCCAGUGAAGUCAAGGUCACUGAAAAUUACUCGUGUGAGUGGGGAGGCUUUGUGGAGGGGAAGCCACAUCUGAAAAACCUGGAGGACUUUGGCAAGGCCGUGCUGGAAGACCUGUGGACGGCUGUGGUCAAGCUGUUUGUGGAAGAGGAGGUCGAGGUCGAGGCUUUGUCCGAUGCGAUGGAGCAGGAGGUCCACCAGGAGGCGCUGCAGAGGCAGUUCUUCGGCAGGGCGAAGCUGCUGUCUGGGGCUGUGGAGAUGGUGGAGCAGGCCCAGAGCAAAGGAGGGUUGAUGGUGGUGGAGGGCGGACCCGGAGAGGGCAAAACAGUCUUCAUGGCUGCUCUAGCAGACAGCCUCAGGACCGGAGCUAAGUCCAGGAAAAACCUCGCCUGUGAUGUCAUCUCCUACUCUACAGCUGCCAGCCUAUCGGCACGCUCUGUGGAGAACCUGCUUCGGUUCCUCGUUCAGCGGUUGAGGAAGAUGAAAGAUACAACGGAGGAAUCGCCUCUUCCCCAUUCUUACAAAGAUCUGCUGUUAGAAUUUCACUCCAACUUGAGUGACAUAAAGAAGACGAAACCUCUGGUGCUGCUCAUCGACGGGGUGGAUCUUCUCCAAGAUGGCAGAGGUCAGCUCAGCUCUGAUUGGAUCCCGCAGCAGCUUCCUCAGGGUGUUUGUUUGGUCGUGAGCAUCCCAACCAAAGCAGCACUGUUACAAACCCUGGCCAAGAAGAGGAGCACUGUGCUGUUUGCCCUGGCGCAGCUGACCAUGCCGGACCGGAAGGAGAUAGUUCAGAGGGGACUGGACUCCUUCGGGAAGAAACUCAGUGACUCUGCCUUCAACAACCAGCUCCAGACGCUGAUAAUGAAGAAGGGAGCAGUGAGUCCUCUCUACCUCCACCUGGCCUGUGAAGAUCUGAGGAACUUUGCCACCUUUGAUAAGUUGAAGGAGAGGCUCCAGGACUUGCCUCAGUCUCUGAGCCAGCUGGUGCAGCACAGCCUGGACAGACUCUGCUCGGAGUACAGAAGCCUGCCGGGGCUCCGCUGGGCCCUAGCGGCGCUCACCCUCAGCGCCACUGGCCUGAGGGAGAGGGACUUGUACUCUAUACUGAACACAUGCAACGACUUAUCCUCAUGGGACUGCCGGGUCUCGUGGCAGGAAGUGAUGCUUCUUUUCAGGACGCCCAAGGGACGCGUGCCCAUGGCAACGUUCACCCAUAUAGCGCAGAGUUUGAAAAGACUGACUGGUCCGUCUCAGUGCCACAACACUGACGACAUGCUGGCUCUAACCAAUCCGGAGGUGAGGAGGGCCUUCGAGGACUUUCUCCUCCUAACAGAAAGUGACCGACCCAGAGCUCACCUCGUACUGGCAGCUCAUCUGUGGACACUGGCCGACCCGCAGGGCACGGAUACCUUUCUUCACUGUGAGGCCAACUCGCUCAUGCACCUGCCUUCCAACCUGAUUCAAAGUGGCCAGCUGGAGAUGCUUCAUUCUCUGCUCUCCAGCUACUACUUCCUGUAUGCUAACGUGCGCCACGGCCUCCUGCACCACCUCAAGGAGACCUACAGCUUGUAUGAUGACAAGAAUAAGUCUGCACCCUCACUUGGCUGUCGGGCUCGUCUAGAAGAAUGCCGGAGUUUCCUGCGGCGGCACGGACCCCUCCUCUCCUCCUGGCCGGCUCUGUUCAUUCAGGAAGCCCUCAACGAGCCUUCUGAGACCUCCGCUCACACCUGGGCACAAGGCCUGGUGGGAAAAGGAGGCGCCCGGGUAGUUGAGUGGCUAAACAAUGACAGUAGGAGUCUCCAGGAAACUAGUGAGCUGGUGUCGACCUUCUCUUCGGUACCGACCUGUUUGGUCGGGAGCUCUGAUGAAGAGCUGAUGGUGGUUGGCACUGGACAGGGAACGCUUCAUUUCAUCAGCACUCAGACCGGAGAGGAAGUGAAGUCGUUGGUGAGCAGCUGCGACGGCAUCUCAAGCUGUGUCUUUCUCAAGGAUGGACGUCUUGCUACCACGUCCUUCGAUGGGCGCAUAGAGAUCUGGGACGUCGCAAAUGGCUGCAGGACCGCUCUUAUUGAGGGCCACACUAAUGUGAUAACAGCCAGCGAUAUCACUGCAGACAGGAAGCACCUGGCAACUGUGUCUUUGGACUUCAUGCUGAAAGUUUGGUCCUCGACUAAAGUCAACGAGGUAGCCGCCCUGCCCAGCUCCAGUCCUUUGAACUGUGUGACCUUUGACCCCGAGGGUCGCCUGCUGGCUGCUGGUUGCUGGAAUGGGAACGUGAUUAUGUGGAACUGGCUCCAGAAUACACCGCUAACCUCCCUGACUGGCCACCAGCACUCGGUGCGCAGUCUCUCCUUCUCUCCGUCGUCCUCCAUGCUCUGCUCCGGCUCUCUGUCUGGAGAGGUCAGGGUGUGGUCGGUGCCCACCUCCACCUGUGUGGGAUGUUUCCAGGCUCACUGCGGCGCCACGGAGGCCCUCACCUUCCUGGAUGGAGGCAGUAUGCUGCUGAGCGCCGGCUCUGAUCACACGCUCCAGCUCUGGUCAGGAGGACUCGGACGUUCAGUCACUGCAUUUAAAAAUGAUCAAUGCGAGUACGAGCCUCCUCCGAAGAAGUGGAAGUCGGUAACGCCGGAGCCUGCUGCUCUGUGCGUGGCUGCGAAUGGAGACUACACCGCUGUGGGUUACCACGGCGACGGCAUCAGGCUCUUCAGUCUCGACUCAGGGGAGAAGGUCUGGGACUCCACGGACCUCGACGUGUCCAUAUUGAGCCUGCUGUGGGUGGUUUUGGACGCUGAGCAGACCGAACCCGUGAUGCUGCUGUCUGGAGGAAGUGACAAGCGUGUGAGGGUCUGGAAGAAAAAAGAUGAAGAGAAGGGACUGCUGGGAGGCCUGGAAAUGUGGGGAAUGUUUAAUGGGCAGUCGGGUCCCGUCCUGGCAUUGGCUCAAAACGCCACAUACCUGGCUACAGCUUCAGAGGACUUCUCCAUCGCUCUGUGGUUGUUGAGCGAUCUGGCCCUCGAGCCCUGUAUUGACCCUCGUCAGCUGUUGAGGGCUCACAGCGGAGCAGUCACCUGCCUGGCGUUCAGCCCUGAUGGGACGCAGCUGCUCUCCGGUGGAAAAGACAAGGCCCUGAUGGUGUGGGAUGUGAGCUCCACUCCCGCUGUUCUCUCCAAAUCGCUCCUUCACUCUCACAAAGACUGGAUCACCAGCUGUGUUUGGACUCCCGACUGUGUGAUUAGCUCUUCGAGCGACGGGAGGCUUUGUUUAUGGGAUCUGCAGGCGGGCCACUGUAUCGGAGCAAUCGACUUGAGGAAUCCUCUUACAUCCAUCUGCUGUCUUGGGCGGUAUGUGAUGGCCGGCUGCGCAGAGGGAGCGCUGCAUGUUUGGAACUGGGAAACAAACGUGGAAAUCUGCCACGUUGCUGCACACAAGAAAAGUAUCCACCACUGCUCACUCCUACCGAAUACAGACCAGAAAAAAGAAGUCAACCCAGAAGAAAUGACUGUUUUCACUGCUUCUGAAGAUGGCACAGUGCAGCUCUGGAAACCACUGCAGGUGGAGCACCUGGGCACCUUACAGGGUCACAGCGGUGCGAUAUGUGGAGUCAUUUGCAAAGGAGGACUCCCAGAAUUCCUCACAGUUUCUGAAGACCGCUCGUUGCGAUGCUGGACGUGGACAACGGAGAGUCCUCCCAGUCUGAGAGGACCAGCCACAGCUCUGUGCUUCUCUCGGAGAGAUUCUUUGCUUUUCGCUGGUUAUGAAUCCGGUUUGCUGGAAGUAUGGCAGCACAACGCUCUGGUCGGCCAGAAGCAGGCUUCAGACAGCUCCGUCACAGCGAUCUGCUCAAUGCCCGAUGACCAGUUGGCUGUCAGCUACUCGAAGCUCACUGUUGAUGUGUGGAAGCUGGUGUGGAAUCAACAACACAGCACUGCAGGCCUGGUGAAGCUAACCACGCACUCGGUGAAAAACACCGUGAUCUGCCUCAACUUCUGCUCGGUCCUGAUGGGCGUCUCCGACACGGCAAUAAUAUUCGACGUCACAAAAGACGUGGCUGAUGAAUGGUACCACAGAGUUACGAGUUGGGAACGAAAUUGCCACAUUUUGGGGGUGAUCCGUAACGACGAGAAAAGCAUGUGGCUGCUGGGCGAAGAAAAGGGAAAAGUCCAAAUUGGCUUUGUUUUUGCCAUGGGACCCAAAACUCGUUUCAAUACAGCUUUCAGCACGAUAACCCUAGAGGACGACAAAGACGAAGACGAUGACGAAGAGGAAGAGGAAGAGGAAGAGAAGGGGAAGGCGAGUUUGAUAACAGCUGGAACUGUGGACAAAGAAUUUGUCGUGUGUGGCGACGUGAGCGGCAACAUGUGGUUCAACAAGCCUCCGGAGGUUUCCUCGUGGAGCAGCAGGAAACCUGCUCACAGUGACAGGAUCAGCGUGCUGAAACUCACCGACCGCACCAUCAUCUCCGCCUCCUACGACCGGACGGUGAAGCUGUGGGACAGAAACACCAAGAAACAGGUUGGUAUGUUUGUGUGUGGAGGUCCUGUUCUGCAUUUGGAGGUGAACCCUGUGAACCCUACUGAACUGGUUUGUGGUGACGGACUGGGAAAGCUCUACUUUCUCUCCUGGAAAGAGUAAUUAUCAUGAUAUUAAGCACUAAAUUUUGCAUUUUGGAAAUUACGCUAGUAAUUGCCAGUAAUGUUUUGCUUUCUCAAUGGCGAUGAAUAUGCACUAAAUAAUCUGUUUUGAAAAAUCGUAUGUGACGAUAAGCAUCUUGGUAAUAGUUACAAAGAUAUGUUCACAAGUGUCUUUACUUUAAACUUUUCUUCUUUGAUAAUAAAUUGAAUGUUUAAAUCUGGA